UGACCUACCCACAUAAUUUUGUUUAUAGUGCCACCUCUCUCUCUCUCUCUAGAAGCAACUUUUCAACCGUCCAAAAAUUUCCUCCUCCGACCUCAUUUUCCUUCCCCUGUUCUCCAUCUUCCGGUACAUGGGUACUACCCUGUUAGAAGCUCUCAACGUCCGCGUACUCGGCUCCGGCGAGAAAUUUCUCGUCCUUGCCCAUGGAGUUGGGACUGACCAAUCCGCAUGGCAGCGCAUUCUUCCCUUUUUUACUCACAACUACAGUGUAAUUCUAUAUGACCUCGUUUGCGCCGGCAGUGUCAAUCCUGACUACUUCGAUUUUAGAAGGUAUACUACUCUUGAUGCUUACGUUGAUGACUUGCUUAACAUUCUUGAUGCUCUUCGUGUCGAUCGCUGCGCCUAUGUUGGUCACUCCGUCUCCGCCAUGAUUGGUCUUUUGGCUUCAAUUAGGCGCCCUGAACUCUUCUCCAAACUCAUCCUCGUAGGCGCUUCCCCAAGAUUCUUGAACGACAACGAUUACCAUGGAGGAUUCGAGCGACCUGACAUUGAGAAUGUUUUCGCAGCAAUGGAAGCAAACUAUGAGGCCUGGGUCAAUGGUUUUGCACCGCUUGCCGUUGGGGCGGAUGUGCCAGCGGCAGUUAGAGAAUUCAGCCGGACCCUUUUCAAUAUGAGGCCAGAUAUUACGCUAUUUGUGUCAAGAACAGUGUUUAAUAGCGAUCUAAGAGGGAUUCUAGGCCUAGUGAAGGUACCCUGUUGCAUAAUUCAGACAGCCAAGGACGUGUCAGUUCCAGCGUCGGUGGCGGAGUAUUUGAAGAACCAUUUGGGUGGGAGGAGCACAGUGGAGAUAUUAAGGACAGAGGGUCAUUUGCCACAUUUGAGUGCCCCAGCGUUGUUGGCUCAAGUGCUUCGGCGAGCCCUUUCGCGGUGAGUGAGUGUGUUGCUGGUGAUAAUGAAUGAAGAAGUCAAUUGAGCUAAGUUAGGUCCGAUUUACUACAGUACAGGCACAGCUACUAAGUGGGGUCUAAAAACAAUUUGUAAUAAGAUUGGAGAUGUUGACACCUGGUGAAUAAUUUGUGGACAUUAGUCCUUUGUACUCGGGAUAAAUAUGUACUUAUGUAAUGAAAUGAAAUGAUAUUUUGGAAAAGGAUAAAGAAAUAUCCACGUGAUAAUCACGUGAUGCGGAAUGGUACUCUGUCGUUUUUAUCCU